AUGAAAUUCCAGUACAAAGAGGACCGUCCGUUUGAGAAGCGUCUAGAAGAGGGGCAAAACAUCCGCAAGAAAUACCCUGGAAGUGUCCCAGUUAUUGUUGAAAGGUCACCUCGUGCACGUGUCGGAAAUCUGGACAAAAACAAAUACUUGGUCCCUUCAGAUCUAACUGUUGGGCAGUUUUAUUUUCUUAUUCGUAAAAGAAUCCAAUUAAAUCCAGAGGAAGCGCUUUUCUUCUUUGUCGAAGAUAUUAUUCCUCCAACCAGUGCUACAAUGGGUGCUCUAUAUGAGGAGCAUCAUGAUCGUGACCUCUUCCUAUACAUCGCAUACAGUGAUGAAAGCAUAUAUGGAGCGGAGGCAGGCGAAGGCUUGUUGUCGUCUUCAUGAAGAAAGGAGCAACAGCAGCAGCAGCAGUUGGUCUCACUCACUCAGUUUGUUUGUUGUUGUUUUCUUGUCUUCAGUAAUAUGGGGAUAUAUCGGAUCACUAUUUGUAUCAUUUUAUUGAUUUUUUUUCAGAUACACUGCUUCUUCUUCUUCCAUUAUCCCUCUUUCACUCACUCACAUACGUACAUAAAUAUAUACAUACAUACUUAUAUAUACAUAAUAUUCAGUCAUAUCUUCAGUGUGUGUGUGUCUGAUGUUUGACAAGAUAUCUCACAGUGAUUUAUUGAUCAUGUGUAUUUCAGCAUUAUUUGUAUGAUUUUUGCUAAGUGUGUGGGGAAGCAAGCCACCUAACCACCAACUAAUCUGUGGUUCCGCAUAUUGUGAUGAAGCAUUAUUAUAUAUUAUUAUUAUUUAAUAUUAUGAAGAAGGCUGUUCAUCGUCAUUAUUUCAGUAACUUUGCCGAAAAACAAAAAUCAACCAAUAAAUAUAAUAACUAGUAAACCUACAGAUUGGUUCUCUGUUUUCUUUUUUUCGGUUUGUUUGUGGCUACGGAAUAAUCAAUAUUAUUAUUAUUACUAUCUUAUUGUAACCUUGGAACAGAGGGUAUUCAACAACAUAUCUCCACUUUGUUCUCUAUUUUUUUGAUGUUCUGAUGGCUAGUCCUACGAUUGCCUAUUAUCUCUCAUCUCCUCUAUGCAGGUAGGCUUUGUGUGCUUUUGGUAGUGUGUGGGCGGUUGUUACUUCCCGGCUGCCCACACCGUGGAAGUUGGUUGAGUCUUCGGGUACCUGAAAUAGAGAAAAGGUUAGUGUUGCGUGACCGCAGAGUCCGGGGGACAACUGCUUGAGGCCGGUCACACGCGGCCUGUUUUUGUUUGUUCUUUUUUGUUUGGUGUGUCUCAGUAGCAUAUUUAUCACUUUUGCCCUGUGACACGGCAGUAGGAAGCGCGGUCGUUGUUAAUCC